AAAUAGAAAAAAAACAUUAUUAAUGAUGAGUGGAUGACACCACGCUUAAAAGCGGAAAAUCCUUGAAAACCCUAUACAAACACGAACACUAUUAUUAUCAGUGUACAAAAAAACCGGCGGAUAUUACAAACACAUACACACAGACAUAAACCAGAGAUAAACAAUUACAUGAAAAUCAUGAUCAUCAUCAUGAUGAUGAUAAUGUAUUCCUGUUACAGAAAGAAAAAAACCACAAAUCUAGUCGAUGAUUGAAUUCACCCUAUGCUUUAUAUCAAACAAACAAAACGUAUAUAUAAUCACAACCUUGACGAUAUAAAUAAAAAGCAAAGUAUUCGUCGAGUGGAAAUAAAUCUGAGAUUCAGUGCGAUAUUUGUAGUUGCUUUAUUUUUCGGCAUUUCAAAGUGUGAUUGAAUUUCAAUUUGAUUCAUUCAGCUAAUAUUGAAGUGUAAAGGAGGUGUACAAAACGAAUUAUUGAAUGUUGAUUAAAGUGGUGGUUGAUUAUUUCAAAGCAGCAAUAUGGCAUGACGAUUUGGAGUAUAGUACGAAAUAAGAACGACGACAACAAAGAAAAUUGAAACGUUCAACAACAAAAACAAGAAAAACAUUCAGCAAGUAGUGGUGAUCAAAUAUGGCUACAAAAUUGGAAAAUGGUGAUGAGAAUGUUGAAAACGGAGAUAAACAAAUCAAUUCAAAUGAUUUGACCGGUGGUUUUGGCCGGUGGCAAAUGAAUAUAACCAUUUUCUAUUUUGUCGCCUAUAUUUUGACAACAAUCAACAAUUUGGGUUACGUUUUUCAGGCAGCUAAUACCGAUUAUCAUUGUGUUCAUCCAAUCAUCAUCUCAACCACAACAGCUGUUGAUUCGUUUACGAUAAAUAAAGAUCUCGAUUCGUUAUAUACUAAUACUUUUUCCACAAUAUCCAAUUUUUCUUCAACACCAAGUUCAAUCUCCAAUUAUACGCACACAUCAUCAUCAUCAUUAUCAUUAUCAUCAUCAUCAUCAUUAUCAUGUGAUAAUGUGCAUUAUUGUUCGAAAUUAAUCUACAAUAACUCGAUCGAAUUCGAUGAAACAGUUACAUCGAAGUUUGGUCUGAUUUGUGGCAAAGAAUGGCUACGAUCAUUUGCACAAUCCAUGUAUCAAUUGGGUUAUGUAUUUAGUGGCAUUAUAAUUGCAUGGAUUUCUGAUCAUUGUGGUAGAAAAUUUGCCUUACAAAUAUCCAUCGCAUUCGAAUUACUUGGUGGUCUUCUAUUGAUUCUAUCACCAUCUAUCCAUUUGUAUACGUUGGCCAGAUUAAUACUUGGAUUCGGUGAUAGUGGCCGUGGAAUGUGUCUGUACAUGUUAUUGAUGGAAACGGUGGGAACCAAAAGAAGAUCAGACGUAAUUAUGGGAUGUAAUUUUGGCUGGAUAGUCGGAUACCUCUUACUGCCGAUUCUAGCAUAUAUUCUACACAAUUAUGUUCUAGUCCAAUUAGUAGCAACCUUAGGUAUGACAGUAAUGGCCCUUUUUUGGUUACCAUACCUACCGGAAUCACCAAGAUGGUUGUUGGCCAAUGAAAAAUAUGAACGGGCUAAAUCAGUUCUGAAAGAGGCAUGUAAACGCAACAAUCGUGUUGAAGUUGUCAAAGAAUUUGAAUACAAAUUCGAAUCAUUGAAAAACAAAGCUUCGAAAUUGAUCACCACCGGAAAAGCAGUGGAAGAACAAGAACAAGAACAAUCAGAUAGCGAAAAAUUCAUGACAUUAUGGUCAAUGGUGACCAAUAAGAAAUACUGUAUGAUGACAUUAAUUUUAUGGUUUUCAUUUUUCGUCAACGGUUUUAUCUAUCAUGGAUUUUCAUUAAACGUGGAGAUCAUUGGUGGUAAUAUAUUUAUUAAUUUUGCUUUGGCCGGCCUUGUGGAAAUACCAAGCGUUGUAAUCAGCUUGAUUGGAAUGCGAUACAUCGGACGAAAAGCAUUUAUAAUUUCAACCAUAGUUUCAGCAGCUUCCUGUUAUGCAACCAUAGCUAUAUUCCGUUUAUUAUGUGAUGAUCUAUCUGAGAAUGAUAUCCUGUUGAUAUCAUUGAGUAUGUUGGGAAAAAUGUUCAUAUUUGCCACCUUUAAUGCCAUCUAUAUUCAUGCGGGAGAAAUAUUUCCAACAAAACUUCGUCAAUCUGGUGUCAGUUCAUGUUCAAUUUCAGCUCGUGCCGGUUCUACUAUUGCACCAUUUGUCAAAGAUUUGACAAUGUCAUUUGGAUUGACAAAUACGAUCAUAAUGUUCACAGUUUUAUCAUUAACGGCAGCUAUUGGAACAUUUUUUCUACCCGAAACCAAAGAUCGAGACUUGAUCGAUAAUAUUGAUUGAAAAUUACGGCCAAUGGAAAUCAAAAAUAAUAAUUUUAUAUAAAUAUACAAGCGUCAUAAUAGAAUAGAUAGAUAUAUUGUCAUCAUUUAAUUUAUUUUCAUUUUUAUUGAAGACUGUUUUUUGUAAAAUAAUAGAAAAAAUCGACAUUUUUCCACAUUUAAGCUUUUUCUUCUGCAG